GCAUCAAAACCAUGGCAUUGCAUAGCUGUCUGAUGAAGAUGGUAUACCAGGCAAUGGUAUUGCCUACGUCCAACUCGUUGUCGCCAUACUGCUCCUGCAGCUUUGGCACCUGGUUCGUUGAGAGACCAUUGUCGAUUCGUGUGUCGAGGGCCUUCUCGACCUCUGGUACAGAGAGAAGGAAGGGGUGUUUGGGGUAUUGGGAUUCUGCCAUUAUGGCAGUUGGGUUGACGGGUUUGGAACAGCACUCUGGGUUGUCGCCAAUAUUGCAAAAUGGUUGACGGUCUGAGCUGAGAACGGCUCACAGAUGUGUUGCCUCGUUUGGAGGAGGAGGGGUCCAAGUUGGAAUUUGGGGUACAUCAACAGGUGUUUUCAGGUCAAUUCGGAAGUUGGGUACAUGACUUUCUUAAGUACAUACGCGGGCAUCGCCGUCAUGAUUGCUUCUCCGCCGAUUCUCCCCAGUGCCGUCAAGCUGGGACCAACUUCCAACAUCUUCAACCACCCACCGGUCAACCUCGCAGCGACAUGUCUGGGCAUAACGACAGCCAAGCAAACACCAAGAAGUUUAUUCCAGUCGCCCAAGAUCUUUGAUGCUCCCGGCCAAGAAGGUUUUGGGCGCGGCAGAGCAGUUCUUCCAGUGAGAUUCGGCCUGGGCUUGAUAAGACCCUGUUGCAGUGGUGGGAAGGGAGUGGCAAUCUCGAUGAGCUCAACCUCAGACAAUGGAGUAUCCAAGUUCUCCAAGUGCGGGAAUUCGAUAAAGCGAAGCCUCUUGGCAUAGAUGUUCUCAGAAGUUAUCGGUCUUGGCACCAAGGCUCGGCGUUGGCUUGG